UUCCCCAAACCCUAAAACGAUAAUGGUGUUUAGCUUCUAACACCUCCUUUCAAGCCUCUCAGUAUUGACUGCCACUGCUACUGCCUACAAUUACAAGAGGGAGGGGAGGAGAGACAGAGAGUCGAAACCCUAAUCGCGAAAUACUGGCGGAGAUAAUUUACUGAGCGAAUAGUCUCUGUCUGAGUGAUUUGCCAUGGCGGUCGAUAAACUCUUCAAAGACGAAGCUACUGAAGAAAAGGGCGAGCGUGCCAAAAUGGCACUCUUCGUUGGGGCAAUGGCAAUUGCGGACUUGGUUAAGACAACAUUAGGUCCAAAGGGAAUGGAUAAAAUUUUACAAUCAACAGGAAGGGGGCACAAUGUCACCGUCACAAAUGAUGGUGCAACCAUCCUGAAAUCUCUCCAUAUUGACAGCCCAGCUGCUAAAGUCCUUAUUGCAUUAGACAUUUCGAAAGUUCAAGAUGAUGAAGUUGGUGAUGGGACAACAUCUGUUGUUGUUCUGGCUGGGGAGCUUCUGAGGGAGGCAGAAAAGUUGAUAGCAUUAAAAAUUCAUCCAAUGACGAUAAUUUCAGGUUAUCGAGCUGCAGCUGAAUGUGCUCGGAAAGCUUUGUUGGAGAAGGUUGUGGACAAUAAAGAGGAUGCUGAUAAAUUCAAAUCGGAUUUGAUGAAGAUUGCAAUGACUACUUUGAGUUCAAAAAUUCUCUCCCAAGAUAAAAAACAUUUUGCAAAACUGGCUGUUGAUGCUGUCAUGAGGUUAAAGGGCAGCACAAACUUGGAGGCAAUCCAAAUUAUUAAAAAGCCUGGAGGAUCUCUGAAGGACUCAUUUUUGGAUGAAGGUUUUAUUUUGGACAAAAAGAUAGGCAUCGGCCAGCCAAAACGCAUAGAGAAUGCAAAAAUUUUGGUGGCAAAUACUGCCAUGGAUACAGAUAAAGUGAAAAUAUAUGGCGCACGUGUUCGUGUUGAUUCAAUGUCUAAAGUAGCUCAAAUUGAAGGGGCUGAAAAGGAAAAAAUGCGAGAGAAGGUGCAAAAGAUUAUAGCUCAUGGAAUAAACUGCUUUGUUAACAGGCAGUUAAUUUACAAUUUUCCAGAGGAGCUCUUUGCAGAUGCUGGAAUACUUGCUAUUGAGCAUGCUGAUUUUGAGGGUAUUGAGCGCCUCGCUCUUGUUACUGGUGGUGAAAUUGCAUCAACCUUUGACAAUCCAGAGACAGUUAAGCUUGGGCACUGCAAGCUUAUUGAGGAAAUCAUGAUUGGUGAGGACAAAUUGAUCCACUUUUCUGGUGUUGAAAUGGGCCAGGCAUGCACUAUAGUACUAAGGGGAGCAAGCUUUCAUGUACUUGAUGAGGCUGAAAGAUCUCUACAUGAUGCAUUAUGUGUUCUAUCCCAGACAGUGAAUGACAGUAGGGUUUUGCUCGGUGGUGGCUGGCCUGAGAUGGUGAUGGCAAAGGAAGUGGAUGAGCUUGCCAGGAAGACACCUGGAAAGAAGUCUCAUGCUAUUGAAGCCUUUUCGCGGGCCCUGCAGGCCAUCCCUGCAACAAUUGCUGAUAAUGCAGGUUUGGACAGUGCUGAGUUGGUUGCUCUGCUCCGUGCAGAGCACCAUAAGGAAAGAAGCCAUGCUGGGAUUGAUGUCAUCUCUGGAUGUGUAGGAGAUAUGAUGGAACUUGGGAUAUGUGAAGCGUUUAAAGUGAAGCAGGCUGUUUUGCUUUCCGCGACUGAGGCUGCCGAGAUGAUUCUUAGAGUGGAUGAAAUCAUCACUUGUGCCCCUCGAAAGAGAGAGGAUAGAAUGUAAAAGCCUACAUGGGUCAGGAUUUUGGGUUACUUAGGUUUAGGAGUUAGGAUAUUAGUUCUAGAAACGCAAAAGCCUUCAUGGUCAGGUUACUUGGAGGAAUGAAUUGAAUGAUUUACCAUGGUUUUUGGGUUUUGUUGGAUUGCAGACUCUGAUACGAACAAGUGUUUCAUUUAAGCCCAAAGUUGUUUUCUUUCAAAUGUUUGUUCGGAUAGUGGCACUGAGAUAUGCAAAUUUUGUUCCCCAUUUCUCA